AUGACUGUUAGAGACGCUCUAAACUCUGCACUCGAUGAGGAAAUGUCUGCUGAUCCUAAAGUAUUUUUGAUGGGUGAAGAGGUUGGGGAAUAUCAAGGAUUCAAGGUGCAUACAAGGCAAUUGACCGUCAUCAUUAAUUCUGCUGCAAAAUCAAACUAUAUGUCUGCUGGCCAGAUAUCUGUGCCUAUAGUUUUUAGAGGGCCUAAUGGUGCUGCUGCUAGAGUUGGUGCCCAACACUCUCAUGCAUCCAAAGCUACAUGGAGAAUGUUUGGUGGUAAGAUCCAAAAGAGUUGCAUUGAACGUGGGGACUUUGAACUUAUUGCAGCGGCUGGAUUGAAGGGGGAGGAUCUGAAAUUUCUUGAAUAUAUAUGGGUGAUGGAGGGGCUUGGAUUUGGUGUGAUAUUUUCACUUGCAGUUGAUGAUGUGUCUGAAGGAGAGGCGUCCGUCCACAAAGGGACUUAUUGGAUUGCAACGUGGCAGGAGUCUGGGAGUUCCGUAUUGGAGAAGCUGUCUUCCACAUGA